UCAGUCGGUACUUCAACUCGAUGGCACGAACCUCCACUACCUCUGAUAGACUUUCACACAGCUGAUCUCUGAUCAACUGUUAAAAAAACUGACAUGAAACUGUUCUUUAUCCUUUUAAAGGAAGGUCUAUUUUGCAUAAGCGCUUAUUUGGAAAUCACAAAAGGAGCUAUGUUUUAAGAAAACUCCCAAGAUUGAGUCGGAUAACGCUUGGAAGCUGCCUUCCAUACCUACCGAGACGUCAUUUCUUCUGGAUGUGGAAGAGGUGCCAGAGCUCUGGGCGUUGUGUUGGUGCUCUCCGGUGCAUGAGCACCCUGGCUGGGACGGCCCAUCGGCCCUGGACCCCGAGCACCACUGGUUGCCGGGCGGUACAGGGGGCGGGCAGAGAGCCAUGGUAACGCACAGUAGGUUUGACAGCGCCAUGAGCAGCAGCCCCUUUGAAGGCGGCGUGCGCCUGCCCCCCCACCGGUACAAGACCUUCAGUUCUCGGGCGCAGUAUCAGAUGGUGAUCGCGGCUGUGCGCAAACUGCAAGAGAGCGGCUUCUACUGGAGCACCGUGAGCGGGAAAGAGGCCAGCACGCUGCUGAGCGCUGAACCCCCGGGCACCUUCUUGGUGCGCGACAGCUCAGACCACCACCACUUCUUCACACUCAGCGUCAAAACGAGCACGGGCACCAAAAACCUGCGCAUCCAGUGCGACUCCGUCUCCUUCUUCCUGCAGACCGACUCUCGGAGUGAGCAGGCCGUGCCGCGCUUCGAUUGCGUCCUCAAACUCAUCCAUCAUUACAUGCCGUCGGACGGGACGGGGACGGGGACCUCGUCGAAGGUCCAGGCCGUCGGAGAAGGUGGAAGCGCGGCCGACGGAAGCUCCUACUACAUCUACUCUGGUGGCGAGAAGAUCCCUUUGGAGCUACUGCGUCCGCUGGCGUCUAGCAUGUCCAGUCUGCAGCACCUGUGUCGAAAGACUUUAAACGGUCAUAUAGACGUGUCCACCAAACGGGACCAGCUGCCUCAUCCACUCCAAGAGUUCCUCCAGGAGUACGACGCUCCUAUCUAGCUAUUCUUGAUGGGUUUCAGAUGGGAAGAGAAGAAUAAGGCGCGUAAGUGGAGUUUAUCGCUCCUGACCUCAGCGUCUGUCAGUAUUGCGGGCCAGCUGUGCCUUUGACCUCUGGAUUGUGAACUUUUGAAGGACAGCACGAGAUACGUUCUCACACUCAAGUGGAUCUGACAUCUCGGCAGCUGUCGACACGAAAGGACUUCCGCGUUCCUGCGGCCAGUCGGACUGCUGAAGAUAAACACGAGAGUAGUUGAUCAGUACAGGAGUUAAGUGUGCUGCUAUGGCUACGGUCCAGGCCUUCAUCAUUGAUUGGGAGACACUCUCUCAUGUCUAUUUUCUCCAGCUCAACAUUUUUUUGACUUUCUCCUGGAAGGAAGGAGCGAGAGCUGGGUGUUUGCGAUGACGUACACAUUUCCACUGCUUCUUGCCAAGUGUAAUUGCCUCAUAAGUGGGCGUGGGGGCGCAAACGGGGUGGCUACUUACCGCUCACGACCGACACUGUCUGCUAUGGUGACUGUGUGCGGGGUCAAGAAAAAGGACUAGAGCGAACGUAUCGAACGGACGAGAGGCCUGUUACCGGCGGGCCUUUGACCUCCCUUAGCCCUCUCUGGAGAAGACGGCCCCUCAGUGGACUGUUGUUACUUUGUUCAUGACAGGAGCCAAAGCAAACAGUAGUUUCAUUUGUGCUAGGAAAAGGCAGGCUGAACAUUGUUGACGAUAUGAGCGUAUGUAUGAAUUGUCAUUCAUAUACUGUGAAGCAAAUACAAGCACAGUAUGAAAAAUCUUUGGUAACUGAUUUACUGUGGUGUUCGACAUGAAGGACCGUGCUUCUCUGAUCACAUGGAGAAGCAUUUGUACUUUGUGUGCUUCAAAAUCCUCAUUCAAUAACAACGACACAGUGUUUGUUUCACUAGCAGGACUUGACGUCUGCUAUUCACUGAAUGUAUUCUGAGUCUAUGGAAGGGCUUAUGGUUCCACUUGUAGAUUGUUUUUCUCUUUUUUUGUUCAUAUUUUGUCAAAUCAAGGUGUUUACAUGUGUGGCCACCAACAGGACAGCAUGUUUUUUACUCUGUCUUUUAUAAAGAUGUCUCAUCUUAAGGUCUGGUCUAAUGACCGCAGUGCAAGCUUGAAGAUCAGAAAACAAAGGCAUUAACAUAGAAAAUGCAGCAAGAAACUUUGCACAUAUUUAUAUUUAUAAGAUAUUUCCAUAAUUUAUAUUAAAGAGCACUAUUUUUACAAAAUG